AUGCCCGAGCCGCUGCAGCCCGGCACCUUCCCGUUCUGCGCCGUCGUUGCUCCGGUCUCUGCCAAAAGCAUCACAGUCCUACAACGGGUAGAAGGGCCAGUUACGCCGUCAGAGCUCGUGGAGAUACUACAGAGAACCAUUGAUGAGCAACGCGUGGCUUUCAGAGCCUCGACGGCCGACGAGCAAGCUGCAACAUUCACAGCCUCCGGGGCUGAGGAAGAAGAGAGCAGAAGAUCGGCUCUGUGGCUACGACAAGAGCAGGACGCAGCUUACCUCGAGUUGCUUGGAAAGGACCAGGAAAAAUAAAGAUCCACCAAUAGUCUACACGAGGGAAUCGUCGUAAAGCCAAAGGCAAGCCUGAAAUAUCAUGGUCAAGCAGCAAGAGAAACUCUGAGUAGAACAC